AUGAGCACCAAGUGGAAAAUCCUGUGGCAGGUGAUAACAACAACCCUCUUGAUGCGCCUCAAUACUCCCAACAGCCUCAGGGCGCCAUUGCCCACCAGUAUCAAGGUAACCAUCAGCACCUAUUGGAUGAUCGGCUGGGAGAAGCCAAGACCUUUAUCCCGCCUCAAUCUCCUGCUCAGCCGGACGGCCAGGAUACAACGACCUCCCUCUUGCCUCCCCCUUGACGACGACAACCUCGCCAUCGAUGCUGUACUUGAGCAGCAGGACGACGUUGAGAUUUACCCCGACGAUAUACCAUUCGUGAACGAGCAUUUCCUGAGCCAGCAAUACAACCUGCUUCCGCAGGUGGAAAGCUAA